AUGAGUUCCGACUACUCAUACGAUGACCAGGCUCAGUUCUUCCCCUUCUUCAUCCUCACAUUGACCGGCCUGGUCACUCUCCCAAUCACAUACAACCUACUGCAGUCUAGCAAAGACGAUUCGCAUCUCGCCCCACGCAUACAGACCGACUACAAGAUUCAGCAUGGAGACGUCGUGGCGUCACUACGCGCGGCUCAGAAGAGGAAGCAGCGCAAGAUCAAGAGGGCGCUUGUCGCCGUGGCCGGCUGGGGCUUGAUGGGACUGAUGGCAUAUUUGAUCAUGACGACGAAUCCUGCCGAGCAGAAGCUUUGGAAUCCCUACGAUAUUCUGGGCAUCUCAGAAUCUGCCUCGGAAAACCAAAUAAAGUCACACUAUAAGCGCCUGUCCGUCAAGUUUCACCCUGACAAGCUCCAACCCGAUCCUGCCAAAAAUGAAACGGUCGAGUCUCUAAAUGAACACUAUGUCGAACUCACCAAGGCCUACCAAGUCUUGACCGAUGAGGAUGUUCGCAAGAAUUAUAUUCAGUACGGCCACCCUGAUGGCAAGCAGAGCAUGAGCAUCGGGAUUGCUCUGCCCAAGUUUAUUGUUUCCGACGGCAACGGCAAAUACCUUGUUGUCUUGUACACGGGCCUUCUCGGCGUUUUGCUGCCAUAUCUUGUCGGUUCCUGGUGGUACGGCACCAAGAAGCGUUCCAAGGAGGGCGUUCUCAUGGAGAGCGCCAACAACUUGUUCCGCCACUACGACGAGGAAAUGGACGAGUCUGGCAUCAUUGCAGCUCUGAGCGCUGGCAAGGAGUUUGAGAGCGUUCUCAGGGGCGACCAGGCAGAGUCUGGCUUGUCCAAAAUCGAGUCACGCAUCUCUGCUGAGGGCGAGGCCUCACCUUUUGCCUCUGGGUUCUCAGUCAAGGACAAGGGGAGGCUUGAGGAUCUCGACAGCGGUGUGAGGCGCAAGGUCCUGGGCCUUCUUUGGGCUUAUCUCGGCCGUGUUGAGCUCGACGACGCCGCUCUGACCAAGGCCAAGUACGACAUCGCCCCCAUUGCCCGCGCUCUGAACCAGUCCUUUGCUGCCAUUGCCCUGGCCUUUGGCAACAUUGGUCCCAUUUCCGGCUCCUUCCUCGCCAAUCAGCACAUUAUACAAGCUCUGUCUCCCAAAUCUUCUCCUCUCCUCCAGCUCCCUCACUUCACUUCCAAGAUUGCCAUGGCCGUCGAGGGCGACUCCAAGACGCACAUGACUGUCCAGCAGUUUAUGGAUCUGCCCGAUGCCCAACGCCGCCAGUUGUCAGUUGGAAAGGGCCUGCUUUCAGAGAAGCAGUACAAGUCUGCCGUCAGCGUAGCCAAGCAGCUCCCCUACCUACGAGUUGCCAAGGCCUUCUUCAAGGUUACCGGCGAGCGAUGCAUCAUCCCGUCCUCUCUCGUCACCCUGGUUAUCAAGGGCCGGUUUAUCCCCCCCGGCACCCAGAAUGUUCCCGCAGUCAACGACCUGGAUCUGGAAGAUGUUGACCCCGCUGAGGACGAUCUCGAUGCGCUCAUGGGCCGCAAGAAGAAGACCAUUACCGGACCUGAUGGCAAGCCUACUUCUGUUGAAGAGCAGAGCAUUCUCCCUCCCCUGGCAUUUGCCCCUCACUACGCCCGCGACCACACCCCCAAAUGGUAUGCUUUCUUGAGCGACUCGAAGCAGGGCAAGAUGGCUGUCCCCCCCUUCACCUUUGACCGAUUCGACGAGCCCAUCUUCGACGAGCAGGGCAAGCCCACGUUCAACAUGCAGACUCUCAAGGCACAGUUCGCCGCUCCACCGCAAGCCGGCCACUUCACAUUCGUCAUGCACGUCAUUUGCGAUUCGUACGUUGGUUUCGAUACCAAGAUGGAAGUGACUCUGGUUGUCGAGGAAGCCGCAAAGGCAGCCGAGAUGGACGCUGAAGAUGAUAUUUCCGAACCCGAAGAGGAUUCCAUCGCCGGCCAAAUGCACGCCCUCAAGACAGGUCAAGCACCGCAGCCCAAGAGACGGAGAGUAGACGAGGAGUCGGACGACGAGAGCGGCACCGAGGAGGAAGAGGAAGAAACGAGCGACACCAACACUGACACUGAAGAUGAGUCAUAG